UAACUAUGGCUGCCUGCAUUGUAUUAUGAUGGAAAUAGAAGAAUCAUGUCGCUGGAUAUGCGACAAAAUACUUAUAAAACAACGCAAAGAAAUAUCGAGCAUAUUUCUUGUGUGUAAAUUGAAUUGAUCAUGAAAAGGAUCAUGGCUACUGCUGCGUCUGCCGGUAAAGGUCAGAUGAAGCCUGUGUCAGGUCGCCCGGGGCCAGGAGGUCACAACAAGUCUCCGUCGCUGAGCCCAAGUCCUCCACUCCACCCCUCGCGGAGGUUCGCGGGGAACAGCAGCGCCCGAAGUGGCCAUCAGUCAGACUCUGAUUCUGGGAUAACGUCAGGGAUGAGAGAUUUGAACCUUAGACAGCGUACUCCGACCAAGCACUUUGAGAACCGACGAACUUUUUGUUCCAAUGGGAGCCGCACCAUCGUACGAAACCUGACGGAUGUCGCCAAUAUGUUGAAGGACAAUCAUGCCAAGAACGUGGUCAUUGUUGCUGGGGCAGGAAUAUCAACACCCAGUGGCAUACCCGACUUCAGAACCCCUGGGACUGGCUUGUACGACAACCUCCAGCAAUACAAUGUGCCUUACCCUGAGGCCAUCUUUGACAUCGAUUUCUUCCACCACAAUCCACGGCCGUUCUUCGCCCUGGCAAAAGAGCUGUACCCUUCAGGGAAGUAUCGGCCCAACUACAUCCACUACUUCGCCAGACUGCUCAACGACAGAGGCGUUCUGCUGCGCAUGUACACGCAGAACAUCGAUGGUUUGGAGAGAUUGGCAGGGGUCCCGCCGGACAAAAUGGUGGAAGCCCACGGAACAUUCUCCUCUGCCUCGUGUGUCAUAUGUGAGGAAAAGUACAGGGGUGCUGAGAUCAAGGAGAGCAUAUUUGAGGAGCGUCUGCCAAAAUGCAAAAGAAGAGGAUGUCCUGGUAUUGUGAAACCAGACAUUGUGUUCUUCGGCGAGGAGCUGCCGAAACGUUUCUAUUUUUACCUGAAGGACAUGCUGCAGACCGAUCUGGUGCUGGUCAUGGGAACCUCACUGGAGGUGCAGCCUUUUGCUGGAAUCAUUGACACAGUGCGCUGGACUGUGCCUCGAGUGUUGUUCAACCGUAACGCCGUCGGACCAUUCAAGAAUGGGAAAAGAGCGAAAGAUUUCAUUUCAGAAGGUGAUCUCAUCGAGCGCCUUCAGUCCUUUGCUCACUCGGCCGGCAUGAAGGAAGAGAUGGUGGACCUCAUCACUCAGUGUGAGGGAACGUUUAGACUGGCUGCCCCACCUCCUCCUGAAGCUCCGAGUGCCAAGGUCGCGGCCAAGGUCAACCCCGCCCACCGCACGGACCCCCUCCUGGCGGCCAUGUGGAGACAAAACGCCCGCUCCAAUCUCUACUCCGACUCGGAAACGACAGAGUCCUCCGAUUUCGAAGACUCGGAUUCCGACUCCUCCUCGAGUGGGGAGAAGAAACCCAUGAACAAACGGACUGCCUCGUCCGACAACGGUAGGGCCACUGCCAGCCCCGCGGCCAAACCACGCAACGCAAAACUCAACAGUUCCGCCCCGAAUAGCAGCCCCAUUUCUCGCCGCGCCGGUCCCCUGAGCGUCCGACCUCCUAGUGGGAAAGCACCGCCAGGUGCUGGUAACAAAACCAACAACGGAUCUAGCAGCUCUAGAAACUAUUCCUCUACAUCCCUUCUGUCUCGAAGGAGAGAAAAUGGCAAGCCUCCGACGCCCGUCUCAACCAGAAGGGUAGCUAACUCCCCGACGAGGCCAGAAAAUGGCUCACGUGCCAAAGAGGAUGCUUCUUGGACAGGAAAUGGAAUACGACGGAAACCGCAGAUUGAUGUGGCCUUGAACCCUCACAGGAAGCCCCCACAGGCCCCCGGCUCCCACGCUGCGAAGCCUCGCUCGAGCUCGGUGAACAAAGCGGCUCCGGAGAAACUGCACUCGAAGACAGGUGGCGGUUUCCGCUCGGUCAUUGAUCGAGUCCGCUCUGCCAAACCGCCGCCUCGUCUUGUGUACCAUCAUAAGCCGAGCCCGAAACCUGUGUACGACGCAAGGAUCUUGGCGUUCAACGCUUCCAAUUCCAGCAGUUCAGAUGACGACGAUGAUGAUCGCGAUGAUGUUGACGACGACUCCUCGUCGGACGAUUCGAGAUAACUCCCGGACGACCCUCACGACACAGGUGUUGCGUGCACCGCAGAAAAAUAUUCAUGGACGUGGGUUCUGAGGUUAUGGUCUAAACACGACGAAAGUAGUCAACUGCUGACGAAUGAAAGUUCAUCGACUUUUUGUACAGGUAGCCAUAUCGUAGUACAUCAACAGGAGAGUUUUGUUUUUCAUUUAUUACAAAGACCAAACAAUAGGAGAGUUGUAAGUGUAGUUACACCGUAGUACAACGUAAAAUGUGUAUUGUAAGGAUUGUUGCAUUCCGGAGACGUUUUCUUUCCAUGAGAAGUGUAAGAACAACACACACGACCAAUUGACGCAAGGCACUUUCUCCUUAACACGCCAUUGCUAAGACUAUGAUAUCUGCUCAGAAAUUCACUGUUUUUACUCGGAAAUUCACUGGGUUUUUGUAGCAGAAUCUUUAGUUUUAUGACGCCAGUUAUUUUUUUAGUUGAGAAAUAUUUUUCGAUCUGUGUCUCUGUUGUCAUAACAUGAUGUAACAGUCUUGAGGAGUCCCUCUUUCACCCCGCCCCUCCCUUCCUUUCCUUCCCCUGCGCCUUUGUGAUCCUUUGCCUUAUAGAAAUAUUUUAAAAGGCUUUUAGACAUGGAUUUACCUGCAGUCAUAAUGCAUGGGGACUUGCCAGUAAAAAAGAAAUCUAUUUUCAAUAAGCUGUUUUGUCCAUGCAUACAAGUUAAAAAAUGUGCUGACCUUGAUACAUUUCUCUUGUAGAUAGAUUAAGAAAGAAAGGAGAAUUUUCCCGUAUGAAUAUACCCCUAUAUGGAAGUGAAAGUUUUGUGUUUCUUAAAGCUUCUAGUCAUUGCUACAUAGCCAUGGUUUGCUGUACACUUAUUGCAGAGUGAAAAUAUUUUGAGAAUAAUGAAGUGAAGUAUCUUAUCUAAAUCUGCUACUUUUAAAAAGUAUCAAAAUUUUGAUUUUUGUUCUACUGUGCCUAAGGCAUGGCAACUUUUUUUUCUACAUAUCUUUUCUGUACUUUUUGUAUUGCUACACACUUACAGUUUGGACAUUGGGUGCGGUGUAGUGUGUUCUGUCACAAACCUCUAGGUACAGGAAUGUGGUGUCUCGAAAUACAAUUACCGUCAUGGUGCUGACGUUAUGGCUUAACAGACUUAGACUUAAGCCAUAGUGGAAUGUAACCAUUUUGUAAUUCCCCUCUCAAUAAUGCAUCAAUAAGUAUUAAAAAUGUUUUUAAAUGGCGGGCCAUUAUCCUAAAUUUAGUCAUUUCCAUAUUAUAGAUGAAAAAAAAAGUAUUGUAAAACAACCUAUAUUGGAUUUUCUCGAUUAUCUCAAAAGUGCAAGAAAUGAGUGGGGCCAUAUUAUAGGCAGCACCUUGAGGACAUUUUGUUUUUCUUUCUGGAUUUAUUCCUCGCUCAUUUUUUCUUCUUGUUUUCUAUAAAAGGUAAAAGGUAAUGACCAGUUUUUGUUUUCAGCCGUGCAUGCUGAACAUGCUUUUGUGAUAUUUGUCACAAGGGGACAUCAGGUGAUGUUCUCAUUCUUAAGUAUUUUAACUUUAAUGUGAUACAUUUUUACUGUAUAUAUAAUCAUUACAGUGGAGAAGAAGUAUUUAAAUGCAGACCAUAAAUUAUUAUUAUAAGGAAAAACUGUCUCUGUGUGAGCUGUGACUUGUAAACACCUUAAGAAAAUUAUAUUCAAGUUUUGGAUCACUUUACUAUUAUUGCUUUACUGUAUUUUCUGGAUUUUUUUUUUUCACUCUGUGCUUGAAGAUCAUUUUGAUGUUGUAACAAUUUUUUCUUGUGAUAUGAUUUGAAAGAUAGAUUCUGAGUAACGGUAUUGAAUCUGAAGUAGGCCUACCUUAUUAUGAACUUGAUGGCUGUUGUAAUACUGUUCUGUCAUCUCAAGUCAAAGUGCAAGUCUUCCAAUAUAAAUAUAUAACUUUUGUUCAGUUGAGUGAAUUGUUCUGUAGGGGAAAUCCAUGCAGGCUCAAGUGUAUCUCUAUUAUCCUGAGUGAUUUUAUGGAAAUUACGGCGUUUGCAUUCAUCUGUUCUUUAAAUGUUUAUUUUUAACCCCCCCCCCACCCCACCCGACCCAAUGUGUACAACUUCUGUACGCACAAUCAGUCAGCAAUAACAUGAUCACUGCUUCAUUCUAUUUUUGCUGGUCUUUGUUUGGACAAAGGCUUCACCAAGCACACGUUUUGUCUCAUCUGAUGAAAAUGGCAGUUAUGACUCCUGAACUCUCUCUCUCUCUCUUUGAUGUUUGAAAAAAAAAAACCCUUGUCUUGCCCAUCUUUGUCAGCGUGUAUUUCGAUGGCUGGACGCAAGUCUGCGACAAACACCUUUGUGAAUAUUUGCGUGUGUCGGUGUCUUGCACCGAGCCAUCGAUUUGUUAUGGUAUUAGUUGUUGUCACGUGAAUGUUGUGAGUUCUACGCAACUGUUACAGGAUUUGUCUUUUGGAUUUUGAGGGUUUAUAAUUGCAGUACAGGGUGUGAGUACGCUUAGUCCUCUCGAUAAAAAAUGUAUCCAAAUUAUAAAGAUCAGAAAUGUUUAUUUUAAUCAUAUGUGUUGAGAAAUGAAGGACAUUAUUUACCUAUUUCUGUGCCCAAGUUUACAUGUUUUAGAUAUUCCAGACAUAUCUUUGAGUGUAUCUGUUUAAAUGUGUUGUGUGUGUGUGUGUGAACAUGUGUGUGUGUGUGUGUGUGUGUGUGUUUGUUGUGUGUGUGUGUGUGAGAGAGAGAGAGAACAUGUGAGUGUGUGAGAACAUGUGUGUGUUUGUAUGUCAGUGUAUAUGAUGUGCAGACACUCACAGUCAGAGAAGUUGGUGAAUGUCCAUCGAUAUGGUCAAAUAUUUUUAGCUAUCAUUGAAGGUGGCGAUAGCAUCAGUAAUAUGUAACAUAGAUGUUGGACUACCACAUUAGCAUGAAAAAACAUGUCAUAGUUAGUGUUGAGUGUUGAAAGUAUUCUUUUGAUAAACAUAGACUCUCAUUUGGACACAGCAAACUACCUCAAGCAAUAGGACAGAGAAGUGAACAUUGCAUGUACUUAUGAAAAAUUGUCACUCAUAUGACCUUAUUGGGUUGCAAAACUCUUACUAAUACUGAAGGAAAAAAAUCGGUGGAAAAGAUGUGUUUAGUGAAGGGUUUUGUGAGGGAGAGAAGAGAGCUUAGUGGUGAAUAAAGUGACUGUUUUUUUAGAUUUCCAAAAGCGUCAGGUGCAAUGUGAAAGUAUAUUUUUCAAGAGUGCAGAAAAAAUGUUUUAUUUGAAAAGACAUUUGGUUUGAUUCUCUCUAUAUUCUAUAGAUCUAUAUGGCUGUCACUCUCUUUUAAGAACCAGCACUCAUGAAGUAGACAAUAGAAUUAAGGAGCUCUUUUCCAAUGCUCCUUUUAUUUGUCAGGUAAAUUAUAUAUGUAAUGCACAGUUGAUACGUUUUUAAAAGUUUGUUUUAUUCAGAAAUUUAAUUUUAAGCUUGACCAUAAUGUGCUUGACAUGUAAAGCUGGUUGUGACUUGGGCAACAGAUUUUUGUCUUUGAGUAUCUCGAGUUGUUUAUGAUGAAAAGAAGUUAAAAAAUCUGGGCUCCCUAUCCUCAUCAUUGGUCAUCUCAUACAUAUAGUUUGUUGUUAGAGCCAUUUGCUGCACACACGUAACGCUUCACUUUGUUAUUUUACAGCUAGCUAUAGCGCACAUAAGCUUAUGUUGGUUUCUGAGUCUACAAAUUGUUUAGUGUCAGGACGAUUCCUCGUGCUUUCUGAUUUUAAUGAUGAUGAUGAUAUACGUUAACUUUGAUAAACAUGUCCAGCAGAUUUUUCUUUUUAAGUUUUUGUUUUUAAAAUCAGGUUGUGUUUGUUUAAUUUUUAAAGUAGGCCAUAACAUAAAAAAUAAAACUGCAGUGACACAUGUAAUGUUUAGAUACCUGUUGAAAAAAAUUCAAAGCGAUGAUGGAGCCAUUCUUUAUUUUUGUUAAAGUUGAAGGUAACGUUCCUGUAACGGGGAAAGAAAAAAACCCGUCUAUGUUUACAAUUUUUUCAGCAGGCUAUCAUCUUCACGUUUUUUGUGUCACUGCAGUUUCCUUUUCCGUGGAAUAUCCUAGGACAGAUUUGACCUGAGAGUGAAGCAUUUACAGUGAUGGCUGGGACUUUUUACCACAGAGAAAGAACAUUUUCAUAACUGAGAUUCAAGAUUGCUUGUUAUUGUAGAUUUUUUGUUUUUGCUUUUAGAGUUGAGUUGAGCAUUUGUUUCAAUGAAUAUACAAACAUUUUUAAAUUAAACGAUUUGAGCUGAAGAUUUGGGGAAAAUUGUUCACCACCCCUCCCAAAUUAAAAAAUACCCACCUGUUUUUGUUACAAUUUUAGGCUUUUAUUCAAAUGGCAGUACUAUAGCUUUUUUUUUCUGCACUCCCCUUACUUGUAGCUGCUCUACUGUUUGCUGUGUGCUUACUUUUGAGUUUCAAACAAAGUGAAGUAGGAACAUUUCCUAGGCUAAUGUAUGAAACUGGCAGUCUGUUCUAUGGCUCGACAAACUUUUGAAAGGAACAUUUCAUUUAAAGACCAAAAUCCACAAAAACAAAAGGCUGCUCAGGAUGCAUCAAAAUUUCUGCUCUGUUCUAUUUCAUGUACUUUCUGAGAAUUAUAUGGAUAGGGUGCACUACUGUUAGCUGAGAUAGUGUCACGCCGGACUAUGAUGGGGAUGAAAUGGGUCCAAGUUCCUAAUGGGGCAUUUUUGAACUUCGGUUGUGUAGGGAGUUUUCAACGACUGUGACUGAGUGUUCGAAUAUUUAUUUAUUUAUUUUUUUUCUAUUUUUGAUGUAGUAUUUCCUUUUAGUUUUACUAAUACAAUAAAAAGCAUUUCCUGAUGGCAGAAAAAAUAAAAGAACUGUUCAUCUAAAGAUAGCAGUAGUACUUUUUUUUAUUGUCACACAAGCAUAAUUCUUUUUAAAAAAUGUAUUUUAUUAUUUACUGUGAUUUAUAUAUAUUUUCUAAAAAUUCAAUAAGUUUAUAUAUUUAGUGAGCUUCUUUUCAUGAACAUAUUUUUGUGUUCCAAGGGUGUACUGAAGUCUUGAAAUGCGCUCACAAGGGGGGUUGGAGUUGAAGUGGAAGAAUUUUUGUCAUUUUAUGUACGUUUGUGAAAAUUUUGCCUGUGCUGUUUGGGAAACAUUACCAACUCAUGGCAUCCCCCUGACCCAAGCUCUCCGGCUGGUGGCAGAGAGACACCUCUUUCUUCUCGCGACAUCCAAAAGGGUAUAAGCGGCAGAUAAAAGUAAAAUAAAGCUGAAUGUUUGUGGAAAUAAUAUGUUAUCAUUGGUGUAUCUUGUAUUGUAAGAAUGAGCUUCAACAGAAUGAAGGAAAAAACCCAAAUAAGGAGCAAUCCAUUUUGAUGUCCAUUGAAAUAUGUAUGAACAUUAAGCAUUUUUUCAUCAAUGUCCUAAAAGUCACAUUAUAAUAGAUUUUUUAAGUUCCCGAGUUGCCAUAUUUGGGAACACCGCUACAAAAGAUGCACGGUGUAUGGUACCGUUCUACCAUACGUGGUUAGAGCUAGUUGAUGACAUUUUCUUGAAAACCACUUCCAAGUCUCAGUUGUGAACAAAUACAUUGGCAAGAAUAUUUUGGUGCAAUAUUUGCCCGUGGACUAUGUGCAUAUUGGCGUGUGACAGUCAGUCAUGUCAGGGUCUGACAUCAACGUGGUUUAUUUAUAGCAUAGUUCUCUUGAGCUCCAACUCACCAUAUUAUCAUCCUCUGUGAUGUGGAUGGCUAGUGGACAUUUGAGUGUGGUCUGAUCUGUCUUCUUCAACGUUAAUGUUACUAUUGUCCUAAAAUCAAUUGUCGACCAGCUCUUCAGACUGGGUACAAAUCUAAAAAUUUAGAAAAAAAUUAUUUUAUUGCAGUUUCUUUUUGGUAUCAGUUGCAUGUACAAGAGAAAUAGUUUGUGGAAAUUCAAAUUUUAAAUGUUGGGGGGGAAAAAGCCAGAAAAGAAGGAUAGCUUUGGUGCAAUUUUUAGAAGAAUGAAAGUGUUUUUUCUCUCCUGAAAAUUUUUGGUUUCUAAGCUUAGUAGAACAUUUGAAGAGCUUGCUGAUAAAAUGUUUCCUGGAGCAAUGUGGCUACUUUUAUACUUUUAUAUCAAAGCUCCUCAGUUCCCCCCCCCCCCCCCUGGUCUUGUUUGUUCUCGGUGAUGAUAACUUCUACUACGGUCUACUGGUGAUUCUGUCUAGUGCAGCGUACUUUAUCUGUGAGGCCCAAGCUAAGUGCAAUAGGAAGAGGGCUUCUGUUUAUUGAUCAAUUGUGAUACAUAUUGGACGAUAUUCUGAGUGAGAACUGGGGCCACUGGUUUGUUACUGCAUUCAGCACAGUGGUGAAGUGUGUGUGCUUAACUUAUAAUAAGACAAACUUUUAGCUGUCAACAUGUUUAAAUGCUCUUGGUAAAACGAAUAUGAACACUGUUCCCACUCUCUUUUAUUUAAAAAAUUUUUUUUUUUUUUUUUUGGGGGGGGGGGGGGGUAAAUUAUAGGGUAGCUUUUCCAUUUUGGGAUGUAACAGUUGUUCUUUCAUUGUGUAAUAAUAUGCUAUUGUAAAAUUAUAUUAUUAUUAUUAUUAUUAAUAGCUUUUCUACUUUGAGAUGUGAAAUGUCCCAUUCAUUGCAUCUUAUUGUGUGGAAUGUAAAGACUGAAUGCAGUGAGACUGGAUGAGGCAAUUGUGUGGCGUGAGAAUGCCAAGUAUCCUUCUUCCCCUGUUGAUAUCGUAUACUCUUCAGCAUUAGUUUUCUUAGUCAUUUUCUUAGACCCAUAGAUAGUCUACUUUUUUCUUCUUAUUCUCACUAACAUUUGAAUGUAUAAUCUGACCACAGUGGACUUUGCUGAGAAUGAUGUCUUGGGAAAUUGAGAAAAUCAUCAAUUUAUUCAAGCAGAAAAGCUUGACCGAUUUCCCCUUUUGUUCUCUACUAUAAAAGGGAAUAAAAAAUAACAAAUCAAAGGUGUCAUUCUGUAAAAAUAUAAAGCAAUUGUUUGAUCAGAGUUCACUUUACUGGUGUCUGUGGUGUAGUUCUUACACCCUUUGCCGUGGCACACGAAAGACCGGGGUUCGAUUCCCGUGUGGGGAGACUUUUUAUCAAGAAUCUUGGUUUUUCUGCUGGGACAUUUUCUCCCUCUCAGUGUGACCUGGCCUUGACAAGCAGGGUCAAGCCCGCCUUGUAAAAGAUCGAAAUUGUGUUGAUGGGAGUGUAAAACACCUACAUUUUAAAAAAUUGACUUUUACUAUAAGCAAAGUCAACUGAUGGUUUUUCACUUUUUUUUUCUUUGUGUAAAGAUCUUGUUUUACUUGCAUAUAUACGUCUAAUUUUCUGAAGACUUGUUUUUCUCCUACGUACUGUCGUGCCAUCUUAACCGUGCCCUUGUUUACUUCCUAUUGGGGAGCUGUUGCUUUCGUUUGCUCUACGGCCGAACGGUUCAACAACGUCUGCCUAUCUAUCUAAUUCCUUGUGAUUCCCACUGUGUCAAAAAAGAUAACUGUGAACUUUGAACUUUCUCCCUUGAGAAAUCUUACUGAAGUCUAUCAGAAGUGCGUUAUGUAAAUAGACCUACUUUUUUAUCUUGUAGACUGUAAACUGUGAAGUAAUACACCAUGUACCCAAAAUAAUGAUAAUAAUAAUAAUAAUAAUAAUAAUAAUCGUUAUCAUUAUUAUUAUUAUCAUUAUUAUUAUUAUUAUUAUUAUGACACGAUGUAACCAAUUUGUGGAAUGCCUGGCUUGUAAUGCAUGAUAAUAAAAUACCCUUGAAUCAGAAUUUUGAACCUAACUUAUAUAUUCAGGCCUAUCGAAUGUGAUGGCGAUGUCCACAGUUGACAUUCAAUAAAGUCAAAAAGUCAUAUACAGGUA